AUGUUUUACGUAGUAUAUUUAAUAAAUCCACGAUUAAAUGUGAUUGUGCCACAAAAAUGGAUCUUAAACCACGAAAAACAACUCGAAAAAGAUAUGUUUUUUGGUGUGAAUUCGAAUCAAGUUGUCCUGUGCUACUAUUCAUCUGAUGCGUAUAACCAUCAGGGUGAACCAGAUACAGAAAUUUUACCAAAUUUCAAUUUGCCAAUCGAUUGUGAAUUCCCUAAUGAAGGGUGUUACAAAGCCAAAAUUAAAGUUUUUAAAAUGAACUUUGAUGAUGCAUUGGCUUAUGCGCAACGUCAACGUCAAAGAAAUCCACCAGUUUAUAACGUUGAUCGCUUGUUUGAGUUACCGAUUCCAGCUCUGACACCAGAUCAAAAUAAUGCCGUUGAUCCACUAAACGUAGAUGACAACGUCGAUCUUAAUGGUACUGGAGAUGGUCCACCAAUUGAACAUGCUAGUGAAGAAGCAAAUAAUUUGAACGGUGGAAACGAAAACAUUGUUGAUUUACAGCCAUGUAACAACGAUGAAGAAUCAAACACGAAUGAUAACAUGGUUACUGGUACAAUCAACACUGACGGACUCAAUCAACAAUCUAUUAGUGAAUCUAUGGUUGAAAAUCAUACUGAAAACUUUGAAAAUGUCACAAGAGCUAAUAAUGGAACCGAUCAACGAAAUGUUGAAUCGAUGGCUGAAGAGCACACCGAAAACAUUGAAAAUGCCACAGGAGCUAAUGACGAAACAAAUGAACUAUCCGGUGGUGAAUUGAUGACUGAAGAACACAUCGAAAACUUUGAAAAUGCCACAGGAGCUAAUGAUGAAACAAAUGAACAACCCGAUGGUGAAUUCAUGACUGAAGAACACAAUGAAAAUAUCACACUAGGUAAUGAUGAAAUUGAUCAACAAUCUGGUGGUUCAUCUCAGUUUGAUAAUAAUAUCGAAAACUUAGCCGACGCUACAAUGUCCAAUGGAAACAAUCAGCAAUCUGAUUUAUUAUUUGGUUCAAUUAAAGGCAUGGGUGUUCCGUACAUCGCACGACAUACCCAGAAUAAUGACGCAAUAAAUGAACUAUUGGAAAAUACGGUUGAAAACAGAAUCGAUGACGAUGUAUCUAUCAUGAUUGGAGCAGCAGGUGUACCAAAACCAAUGUUUAUGACUUCAGAUGAGCUCGUCAAAAGAGAAAAUGACAUAUUGUCCGGCAAUAAGCCAUACAAUGAAAUCGAUGGUGGUGAUCGUAUUUACUUGGUUGGUGGAAUUCGGAUUUCAAUUCCACUGCGUGUGAUUAAUGCCUUCAAGUCUUGGGUCGAUAGUCCAGAUGCCGAUAAUUUGCAUUUCGAUGAAAUCUUCGUUCAUACGCUACUGUUGACAAUGGUCACAGCAGCUGAUUUGGUUGCAUCGGAAAUAAGUGAUCCGGUUUUGUCAUUCAUUUUUGAUUUGCUUGCUAUUCGAGUAAAGGACGAUGAAAGCCGUUUGGAAAAAUUCAACGCACACGUGAACCGAUUGGUCGAGAAAAAACGCCGAGAACAGUUGCAAAGAAAGUGA